GAAGGAAGAGCCGGAGACAUGAUUCGCAACCGGCCAGGGUCCAGAGGAAGAGGAAAACCUCAUGAACAUCUCUGGGGCUUGGAUGAGACUCCUGAGUGACACGACCGCGUCUUACCGAACAAGUGAGGGGGCGUCAGGCGUGGAAAAUUCGUAUAAAGAGCUCAAGACAUGUCUCUCAAUUGACUCCAUCAUCACAAUCACAACCGGUUUUACCAUUCUCACCCACAGUCGCUCUUUUAGGCAUUUCCGAAUCUAGUCACUCUUUUAAAACUAGCCAAAAUCGUUCAUCAUGAAGUUCUCGUCCUUCUCCCUCUUCGCCCUCUCGGGACUGUUCGCCGGUGCCUUUGCUGCGCCUGUCGCCUCCAGCCAGCGUGAUGUCGUCGCUCGCGAUACCGGUUAUGGGCCGGUCACGGAGACGGUUUCUCACGUCAAGACGAUCACGAUCCUGACCCAGCUCGUUUCGGAUGUCAAGGUCCACACUGGUGCCAUCAACGCCACCAUCGUCGACGUCGUCAUCGACGAAACCUCGAAGCUCGAAAUCACAAAGCUCGUCCAGAACGAAGUCAAGCAGAUCAUCGCCAUUAUCUCCACCGCCAUCAAGGGCAUCACCGAGCUCGAAGUUAUCCAGCUCGUGGAAGCGGACCUGAAGACCGUCGUCUCUCUCCUCGUUGAGCUCAUUGUCGAAAUCGUCUUCACGCUCCAAGGCGUCGUCAAGGUCGUUGGAAUCACUGUCUCGGAGCUCCUUGGCUUCAUCCUGCCCCUCCUUGUCAACGUCAUCAUUGCGCUGCUUCACGCCGUCGCGGCCAUUGUCGGUGAUGUCCUCUCCCUGCUCAAGCUCGUUCUCGGGCCGGUGUUGGAUAUCGUUGGCGGUGUCCUUACCGGUCUUGGAGAGCUCCUGCAACAACACUACUAGGGCAUCCCACCCAGAUGGCUCCGACGGGAUAUGAUAGCAUAGCGAUGGGAGGGGACGUGUGUGAGUUGUACAAUAGACGAGUACGAUGCCAUGAAGGUCACUCUUCGGCGUUGAACUUCAUUAGGAAUAAUUUUAAUUUAUAAAUUGUGC